AUGGACGCCAAGUAUCUUGAAGACCGGGAGCGCCUCAUCGCGGAGGACAGAGCACUUCGCAUCGAUACUCUCGCCCUCGCUCAGGCGACGGAUAUCGAGAAGAGGGCAGAAGACAUCGUCCGCCAAAUCCGUGCGGACGAGAAUGAGCGAGUGUGGGGGCCGAACGCGCCCGAGCUCCCUGGCGCGCAGCACAUCUUCCCCGGGAUGGCGUUUCUGACUGGCAGUGAGAGUUUCUUAGCGAAGGAGACCAUCCUGAAGACGAAGAUGUUCGAGAUUGUCUCCAAGAUGCCCAAGGGCGGUGUACUUCACGUCCACUUGGAUGCCACGGUCGAUGCCACGACGCUUCUUCGCAUUGGUCUCAAGUACCCCGCGAUUCAUGUUCGUGCGCCGCAACGAGUGACUGCCUCGUCUAUGUUGUCCACCUUUCCCGAGUUCGCUCCACUCCCGAAGAGCUCGUGGACGUCAGUCGCAAGCCUCACUGGGCCUGAUUACGAGCCUGGCACAUGGGUUCCCCUCAAGAGCGCGAUGGAUGUGUUCGACGCUACGUUGGGCGGCCCGGAGGGCUUCUUCAAGUGGGCCUGCACCGGGAUGACGAUCAACCCGUCUGAAGCGUACGGGACACACAACACGACCGACAAGAUCUGGAAGCGCUUCGGGAAGACGUUCGAGAUCCAGCGCGGAUUCACACGAUACCUGCCCAUUUGGAAGGACUUCGUCCUCGCCCUUUUCAGGCACGCGGUCAGCGAUGGGAUCUCGUAUAUCGAGGCUCGGGUACCGUUUUUCUUCAAGUACAUGUUCGGCGAAGACGGCAACGAAACCGUGCCUCAUCGCGAGUGGUUGAUCGCCUACGACCAAGUGCUCGCUGAAUUCAAGGAGGAGCUCGUCGCGCAGGGCCGCGCGGAAGAGUGGGUCGGCUCCAAGGUCAUCUACAGCAUGCGGCGGACCGUGACCCCAGAGGAGCUCGAGUGGUUCCUCGAAGACUGCAUCGCGCUCAAACGCGAGUUCCCGCACCUCAUCUGUGGAUUUGACCUCGUCGGGCACGAGGACCCACUCCAGCCGCUCAUAUACUACAUCGAUCCCCUGCGGCGGUUUGUGGAGCGCCAGAAGGAAGAGGGGUUGGACAUCCCGUUCAUCUUCCAUGCGGGAGAGACGCUGGGCGACGGCUUGCCGGCAGACAUGAACUUGUACGACGCCAUCCUGCUUGGCACGAAGCGUAUUGGUCACGGCUUUUCUCUCGUGAAGCACCCCAAGAUUAUGCAGGUGUGCAGGGAGCGCGAGAUCCUCAUUGAAGUCUGUCCGAUUUCCAACGAAGUCCUCCCCGACGACCCAGGGAUGUUCGGGUACAUGGGUGUCUCGUUUGACUUCUUCCAGGUGCUCGUGGCGAGCAACGUGAACGGGAUAAUCACCAUGAGAGAGCUGGCCAAGGACGGGCUGCGAUUCUCUUGCCUAGAGCCAGAGGAGAAGGCGCGUGCGCUGGCGCUGUACGAUAAACAGUGGGACGCGUUCGUGGACUGGAUCGUGAAGACGCGUGCGGAAUGUGCGUAG